AUGACUCUAUCCUCUCUGCGCAGCCGUGGUUCAGCCAGGCUAUCUGCAGCCAAGAAGAAGCUUGAGCUCCGACUCACUCAACCAGAAAGCUGGAAACUUCCGAAACAACAUAGUAGCAUUGCGCCACCGGAUGUAUGGACCAAUGCAGACCAAGAUCCCAUCCCGCCAGAAUUGCGAACAUGGACAGAGAUGACCUUCAUCACUUACUGGUACAGUGAUCUGGUUACGAUCAGUGGCUGGUCUGCCGCUGGCGCCAUUUUGACUGCUGGUCUCUCUGCAACUGAUGCGAUCCUCAUUACAUUGACUGCAGGCAUUUGCAAUGCCAUUCCCACCGUAUUGAAUGGCGCCAUUGGGUCCGACCUUCACGUUCCUUUCCCCAUCGCCGUUCGCGCCAGUUAUGGCUAUUGGCUGAGCUACUUCUGUGUCAUCAGCCGAGCCGUUCUCGCCAUGUUCUGGUUCGGAGUCCAAAGUGUCGGUGGCGGGCAAUGCGUGACUGCGGUAAAUCAUUUGAUCCCAGUCAGACAAGAUAGUUGGCUAACAUUCACAGAUGAUUCUGGCUAUCUGGCCAAGCUAUGCAAAGGUUGAGAACACCCUGCCCAAGUCCAUUGGUAUAACAACGCAAGGUAUGGUGUCGUACCUCAUAUAUUGGCUGGUACAAACGCCGCUUCUCCUGAUCCCUACACACAGACUGCAGCUGUUGUUCAACGCAAAAGCAGUCCUCGUCACACCCAUGGCUCUCGCCAUGGUGAUCUGGAUCGCGGUCAAAGCUGGUAACCAGUCUUCGGGCUUCUUUUAUGCUCCUGCCACCGUGUCCGGUUCGACCAGAGCCUGGCUUUGGCUGUCUAGCCUGGUAAGUCAUCAACCUCACGAACUUGGACUUCUCAUUGUCCCUGACAUAUGACAAAUAGACCUCUGUUACUGGCGGUUACACUACCUUGACAGUCAAUAUUCCCGAUUUUUCGAGAUUUAGCAAAACAAAAGGUGCAAAUCUCUGGCAGCUUCCAGCAAUUCCCUUCUUCAAAACGAUUGUCGGUAUCUUUGGUAUUGUCGCCGCAGGGGCUGCCAAGGAGGUAUAUGGGGAGGCGCUUUGGAACCCAAUUGAUAUCAUCAACAAGUGGCAGGACAACCCUGGUGGGCGAGCAGCUGCCUUCUUCUGUGCGCUCAUCUGGCUCCUGGCACAGAUCAGUGUCAACAUCAGCGCCAACGGCGUUUCCUUCGCCAACGACGUAGCUUCCAUAGCGCCCAAGUGGUUCAAUAUCCGCCGAGGAGUGAUUCUCGUCUCGUUCCUGGGCGGCUGGGCCCUGUGCCCUUGGAUCAUCUUGGCUUCGGCAAAGGCCUUUAUGAGGUUCAUGUCCGCAUACGCCAUCUUCAUGGCCCCGAUAGCGGGCAUCCUGACAACUGACUACUGGCUGAUCAAGCGUCGCAAGUACAAUGUCCCGGCGCUCUACGAUCCGCAUGGGAUUUAUCGCUUUGGGGUGGCAAUUGGAGAGCCUUGGUCACAACGGUUCUCAUUAUCACGCCUCUUUUGCCUGCUCUUGGGCACGAAGUAA